AUGGCGUACACGGACCAAGCGACUAUCGUGCCGCAUGCUCAGGACCCGGCCAUUGAUGAGCUGUUGCAAGAGGCUAGAAGGCUGCAGGCGGCGCAUGAGCCCAUCUUUACGUGGGAGCAGUUGAUGGACAUCAUCCUCGGCCAGUGAGUCCCUCCUGCUACAUAUGAGGUCCUUAUCCCAAACUUGAACAAUAAUCUAACCGUCUGAAGCCCCCCUCCAGAGGUCGUUUAGGAGAACUGGUCCGACAUCCCACCGUCGAACGAGCCUACGAAGAACGCUUCAACCCGGCCCUUCGCAAAGCCCACGGAUCCGUCGCGGCUUACCUCCGUGCUCAACUUCGAUGGGAGCACCAUGAGGUGUCGAGUGGGACAGAGUAUUGGAUUAGGACUGCGCCUGCUCGAGUAAGGCUGAAUGACUGGGCGUAUAGCGUGCCCAAGGACGUGGUGUGAGUUGGUGGACACGUGGUUUCAAGUGGGGGUGCUAGACCUGCAGCGCGUUUGGGAGGUCACGAGGACGAUUGACUCAUCUUGCAACCUUUCUACAGACACUACGUCGUCUGGGUACCUACUCCCUUAUUUCACGCGGACCUAUGUCGGCCAGUGACCACCUCCACGGAGAGCUCUGCCCCACCUACCAAAUCGGUCGAAGCCAAAUCCGACUCCGACUCAUGGGAGCAAGUCAAACGGAAUGGACUCGGGGGAAGGACGGGAGCAGGAGGAGAGUCGAAUGAUGAUGUUGGUCCGGAACGAGAGAUAAUGGCUUUCGUCAAGGAGCGGUGGAGCGAGGAGGAGUAUGACACACUCUGGUGAGUUUUCGAGCUGCUCGAUUAGCCGAGGCGGGCGAUGUUUGGUGCUGCUUCGAAAGUGGUACGUUCACGACACCACGAAUCACUAAAUAUGCUUUCCCGUUCCUCAACCAGGUUCGCCAACCCGCCCGAAUUGCAGUCGGUGAGGGACUUGGCCCACUUCCAUGUGCUCGUACGGCACAAGGAUCAGCUCGGUCGCGCCGAGCUACCGAAUUAG